UUCCUCUCUGUCGGGAGAAACUGCUAACGCCCUCGUGACAAAAACUAACUCCAGAAGGGUAAGAAAUCUCCAUUUCUUUGGCCAAUUCUCCCUGUUUUCUCAGUCUCAAUCUUCCCAUUGAAAGAAUGUCCAUUCAGUCACAUUGAAGAAGAAGAAGAAGAAGAAGAAGAAGAAGAAGAAGAGCUUUUCUCAGAGCUGCCCCUCCCCAGCCAUUGAAGAGGCUGCCUCAAGGGGGAGUUUUGAGGAGAUUGGGGCAAUGGGAGGUUCCCAGGACUUUGAUACAGUCAGUGUGAGUAGCUUUGGCGGCCAGAAGGAGAAGAUAUUAGUCUCUGUUCGGCUGAGGCCUCUCAAUGACAAGGAGAGAUCGAGAAACGAUGUCUCAGAUUGGGAAUGCAUCAACAACUCCACCAUCAUUUUCAGGAGCAGCAUCCCGGAACGUGCCAUGUUCCCUUCCGCCUACACAUUUGAUCGGGUCUUUGGUUGCGAAAGCUCAACGGAGCAGGUCUAUGAGGAAGGAGCCAAAGAAGUCGCGCUUGCCGUAGUCAGCGGCAUUAACUCAAGCAUCUUUGCGUAUGGGCAAACGAGCAGCGGGAAAACAUUCACGAUGAGUGGAAUUACUGAGUAUGCAGUGUCAGAUAUAUAUGACUACAUAGAGAAGCACCCAGAAAGAGAGUUUGUGUUGAAAUUCUCGGCCAUGGAGAUUUACAAUGAAGCAGUUCGGGACCUCCUAAGCUCAGACUCUACUCCACUGCGGCUCCUUGAUGAUCCAGAGAGAGGAACGGUCGUGGAGAGACUUACCGAGGAAUCAUUACGGGAUUGGGAUCACUUCCUGGAGCUCCUUGCUGUUUGUGAAGCUCAAAGGCACAUUGGUGAGACAUCCUUGAAUGAAAUGAGCUCGAGAUCGCACCAAAUACUUAGACUUACAAUCGAAAGUUCAGCACGCGAGUACUUAGGCCCCGAUAAUUCAAGCACUCUCACGGCUUGUGUGAAUUUUGUUGAUCUUGCUGGGAGUGAACGAGCUUCACAGACAUUAUCGGCAGGGACGAGACUCAAAGAAGGGUGCCACAUAAAUCGAAGUUUGCUUACCCUGGGAACUGUAAUUCGCAAGCUAAGCAAAGGAAGAAGUGGGCAUAUACCUUACAGAGACUCGAAGUUGACCCGAAUACUGCAGAAUUCCUUGGGAGGCAAUGCCCGAACUGCAAUGAUUUGCACAAUGAGCCCUGCUCGUAAUCACGUGGAACAGUCUAGGAACACGCUAUUGUUCGCGAGCUGUGCAAAGGAAGUCACAACUAAUGCACAGGUCAAUGCGGUGAUGUCCGACAAGGCACUGGUGAAGCAGUUGCAGAGGGAGCUGGCAAGGAUGGAGAGCGAGUUGAGGAGCUUCAGCUCCUCCUCUUUGGUCCAUAGUGAUUCGAGCGCACUGCUGAAAGAGAAGGAACUUCAGAUUGAAAAGAUGGAUAAGGAGAUUAAAGAACUGACUCAACAGCGUGACAUUGCCCAAUCUCGGAUCCAAGACUUACUACGGUCGACCUCAGAUAGACAAGGUUCAAAAUUGGGAAAUGUUGAGGAACCGAAUCAUGGUAAACACUAUGAGAGGCUGAACUCCAGUAACAGCAACCUCGACUUCGCUGAUAAUGUUGAAGAUAACUUCUUGCUGGAUGGGACAUCUCCAAGGCUUUCUAUGGGCAUGUCACCCAAAUUUGUGGGACCUGAUCAGCUUUCUGAGUGGGAGGUCGACGCUCCUAAAAUUCCGGAACCCAAUAGUAUCAAUGGUUACAACGAUGACAGAGAAGUCACCUGCAAAGAAGUUUGCUGCAUCGAAGAAGAUGAGUCAAGACCGAACAUUAUUGACCAAAAGGAAGAGACAGAAAGAAAAGUCGAAGAAAAUGAGAACAAGCACACUAAAGAAGAACCACUAACUUCCCUGAAGAAGACAGAGGGUGAAGUUGGAGAUAGUAAUCCCAAUGUAACUUAUGAUAGUUUGCAGAAGAAGAUUCAGGACAUGCAGAAGACGAUAAACUGUUUGGUCAGUUUGUACCCCGCAGAGCGAUCUUCUCCCUCAUCCUCGUCAGAUAUGGACACUGCAAGCACAGUAAGCUCGAAGGUUACUCGGAGCAGAAGCUGCAAAAGUCUGUUAAUUGGAGCUCCUCCCUACUCGACCUCCGAGGGAUCAGAGGCAGGAUUCUCGGGUAAUCUGGAGCGAUUCCCGGGGAACAUUUCCUGUGAUUUUGAUAAUACAGGGAGGAAAGAAUCCUUGACUUCCGCAAGGACAAGUCCAGACUUGACGGAGCUCAGCCGGCUUGAGAACAAAAAAUUUGUAGCUGAGGAAAAUAAAAAGGAGGAAGACAAUGUCCAGUUGAAGCAAGUCGAUGAUACGGGGUCAAUGCAGAAGGCCGACGAGAAGAGCUCUAAGCAACAAGCGGCAUGCCCAGAGACACUGGGAGCCUUUUCCAAACCCGAGCCUUCCGAUUGGGGGAUGGAGUUCAAAGUCAGGCGGGGAAAGAUCGUCGAACUAUGGCAGGCAUGUAAUGUGCCGCUACUCCACCGCACUUACUUUUACUUGCUCUUCAAGGGCGACCCCUCGGACGCAGUCUACUUGGAGGUUGAGCUCCGCCGAUUGUCCUUCCUUAAGGGCUCGAGUCACGAACAAGCUUCCAGCAAAAAGGCGCUGAACAAGGAAAGGGAAAUGCUGGGGAAACGAAUACUGAAGAAGUUCCGGAAGAGGGAGAGGGAGAGCCUCUACAAGACAUGGAAUAUUGGGCUGAACACGAAACAGAGGAGCCAGCAGCUAGCGCGAAGGCUUUGGACAGACACGAGGGACAUGGCCCACAUUGAGGAUAGCGCCAGGUUAGUCGCGAGGUUAGUUGACUGGUCCGAGACAGGUCGGAUACCGAAGGAGAUGUUUGGGCUCAGCUUCUCUCCCCAGCCCCUGGGCAGGAGAUCCUUUGGCUGGAGGUCCAGCAUGUCCUCCCUGUCAUCAGCAUCAUCCCUAGUAUAAAAGGAGACAUCGAUCAGGAUAUUCUGACAUGGACCGGUUCUAAGUGGAACAUUCUACAACUGAAUUGAUCCCAGCCUUAACCUGCGUGAGUUCCACAUCCCGGGUCGGCAUCUUCGGUGUGCUGCAGAUUUGGCUGAGAGCUUCACAAACUGUUCAAAUUGUUCUUGGAAAUUGCCAGUCAAGAAGGAUCUGACACAUACAGAGCUUCCUAGCUCCACUCUAAGUAUAGUGCUAAUGCAUUGUUCCAUUGAUCUUCGUCUCAGUUAAUUCGUAUUUUCUCAGGGCUAAAAGCGUAGCGCAUCCAUAAGAGAAUAAUGCGAGCCUUGAGAAGACAAUGUGAUUUAAUGUGAAUUGCCGUGAAUGAUUAACCCGACAUAAUUGGGACCCUUCAUGUA